AUGCCCGCUUUCCGCACCUACGAGCUGAACCAGUACUCCCCGUACCUGCGAGGUGCGGCGAACGUGGGCUGCACUCUGCAUUGCCUGAUCGUGUGCCGCUUGUGGCGGGAGUGCCGUCAUCCGGGUUUCGUGGCCACAUGGCUGAGCCAGAACAGGCAAGAUGCACCGGCCUUGGCCGCCGCACUCUGUGAGGGUGGGCAGUUGAUGUCGUCCUACAUCAGUGUCGUGAAGUCUCGGCAGGAGCGGUCGCUAGGCACUGCUCUGGACUGCUUCACAUUGCCUGACGAAAUCCAAGCGAAUGUCGCUGUGGAACCGCUGGCCUCUGACCACCAGUGGCUGCAAAUGAGAGCUUUUCUCUCCUCUUCGAGAUGGCAUCCACUCAGUUUCGGCUGCACUCUGACAUCGGCUUUGCGACUCGUGGUGGCGCAUCGAAUGUCUUUGACAGGCCAGGAGGCAGGCUACAUUGUCGUCAGCCGUAGCAAAGCCUUUGCAAUCCUAGCAUGUGCCCAUGACUGCUGUGGCUUCUUCUUGAUCGACACACACGCGGCCAGUGCAGAGCACUCGGAGUGCAGCAGAGCAGCCAUCUGUGCCGAUGCUGACCAGAUACUGCAGUUUCUGUGUCGUGGUCUCUAUGGGGAGAACGACGAUGCACACGUCUUCGCGGCCUCGUUCCCAGCCGUCCAUCGGGGUUCCUCCGUGGGCUCAGGCCUGAGCACCAAAGCCGAGCACGCACCUUCCAAGGGGCGUGACAUGCAGCAGGCUUUCCCGGAGCAGGUGUUGGAUCUGGUGACACCACCGAGCACCCCUGCAAAGAAGCGCCGCAUGCCAGCAGCCGCGACUCCAGUCCAAACGAAGGUCACCAUGAAGAUUAAGGCUGAGAGCCGGAGCAUGGGCGCAAGGGUGCCAGGUUCUUCGGAGACAACAGUUCCGGAGUGCCAGGUGCCAGAUCAACUGCCGCUGCAGAGCAACCUCCCGUCGAAUGACCCGUCUCCGGAUGCUCUAGUCAAGCAUGAGGGCGAGGACGAGGAGGACAGGCCUCUAGUACCUAGAGGCAAGAUCAAGACGGAGGCCUUGGCAUUGACGGAAGCACCGCAGGCUGUGAAGGCUUUGCCAGUGACGAGACUCCAGCAGAAAGAAGCUCGCAGAGAGCAGCAGCGAGGCAAGGACAUCUGUGCCGCGGCGGGGUUCGACUUUCACAAACAUUGGUUCCCACGACAUGAUUAUGCCGCCAAGAGGGGUCACUGGCCCGACUUCCCAGCAGCUGUUGCAAUGUCCGAUGUAGCGGCGCUGCCCUGUGCUUUGUGCACGGAGCUGUCUGAAGAGUUCAAUCUCAUGAACGUGGAAGCAUCCGCUGCGCCGAAGCAGUACAAGAGCAAGCCCUCCAUGGCCGUCAUGACACAGAGGUUGGCAGAGUUGAAAAAACAGGAGGGGCUCGAGGAUGCCAAGCGGGGCCGCCGGCCUAAGAACCAAACUGAGACUCCGCUGUCCCAUCGACUCUUUGAUUGGAUAUCCGAGAAGCGCUGCAACAUAUACACCCGUGCAGCCCAUCCUACCAAGCCCUUGAUGUUCUGGUGCAGUCUUUGCAAGCAGGAGCUUGAUGCAGUACGUCCAUCAUCCAUAUUUUGGAUCCUGCAACACGAAAGCUACGAUCAGCACUGGAGUUUGGCACAUGAGGAAGCUCCGCACGUCUGUGAGGGCCUGCCGGUGCAGCCCGGAGGCGGAGCUGAAAGAAUCUUCCGCUUACAGGCAUCCUUCCGGUGCUGGGCAGAGCACGACAUGCCAUGGACAAGCAACAAAGGGCGCAAGCACGCCUGUCAUUGUAAGGAGAAGAUUCCCUACCUGCGAUGCCUGGCUUGCUCCCAGGAGAAGAAGCUCCUUGAUCCAGGAACGGGUCCUCAGCGAGCCUGCGGCGGUUGCCUUGCCUUGGCUAACGACAGCAAGUUCUGUGAUUCCGUGGCCAUGUGGGCCUUUAUCUUCGACGUUGUUCACUUGCUCCAUUCGGUGUACUCGGGUCUGAAUGCGGAACGUCAGAAGGCAUUGCGAAGCAUUCGGGAAGCGGACUACGCUGAGUCCAUCCAGCGGCAGUAUGGUCUGGAGCUGGACAAACUGCCUGCCAUGGACUUCCACUUGCUGCACGGCCUGGUUAGGAGGACCGUGGGCACUGUGGCCGUUACGCAUCGCAACGAGGCUGCAGACAAGUACCUGCAGAGCCGAUUCGCCUGGCUACCCGCCAGCUUGAGCAACAAGAUGCCGAAAGAAACGGUUCAGCGAAUGAUUCAUCGGCAUGUGGACUACUUGGCAGGCGGGGACCCAACACCAGGCAUGCGGGUGCCGCGUUUGAUGGCGGAGCGCCUUGAUCUGCAGGAGGUUUGCAAGACCCUCAUCUCGUGUCUUGCCAAUCGCAUCGAGCUCCUGGGGAAGAACAAGACACGCCUGACCACGAGCAGGGUCCCCAACGUGCAGGAUGCCCGACUCGCGGACGCCGGCUUCUUUUUGUCCUCUCUCUCAGGUACCCAUGCCCUGCUGGAAGCAUUCGGGCUGAACCCGAAGAAGAUCGAGCGGUCGCCGAUGAACUGUCCAAACCUCCCCCGUUUCUUCGAGGCGGAAACGACUGAGCCGGAGGCUUUGGGACAACGAUGCACCAUGUACCAGAAUGCAUUGGAUGCUUUCCAGUUGCUUGGCAUCAACAAGGGCGAUCGCAACUUGGUGCUCACCUUCGAUGAGACUGUGCUGUUCCCCGCUUAUGCGCAAUUCAGAGAUCAUCGGGGGGCUGUGUACAUUGGUGGGGCGGACCUGAAGGCUCGCGUACCGAUGGAGACGACGAAGCCCAGGGAGUUGAGCAAGUCCGACUUGGCUCAAACCACGCUCUUUUACUUACUGAAGAGGGCUGACACAGACAAGCGACCCGUGGCUAUCCAAUGCAGGCCGAGGCGACUGAAGAGUGUCACAGCCGAGGCAAACGUCCGCGAGGUGGGUCGCUUGCUUGAGAUCAUCACGGAAGCCAAUGGCAACGUGCCGCCGCUUGCCAUCAGCAUGGACAACUUGGGAUCCCAGCAGAUUUUUCCCGAGCUCUAUCUCGGCCUCAGACCCCUCAGCAGCUUCAGCGGUGUCCCGUUCUUUCAGCACUGCAGCCUCACUCGCAGACUGGAGAUUCCUCAGUACGAAGCCCGCUCACUCAUCUUUUCCAGGGAUGGCCAGGCGAAGCACGUGAUCUUCUGCUGCAACGACCCGGCGCACACGGUCAAGAAUCUGGCAUGCAGCAGCAGGUCGAAGCAUCGCACGUUGACGCAGUACGGCAUGUUCCUCUCAAGGUGCGUCCAGCUAGCUGGUGGCAUGCCCUUCGGGCCGUGGCAGGGCCGAGACAAGCAAUCUGACAGGGAGUCAGCAUGGCUCCUCAAUCCGUCCUGUGUCCCAACCGAGACGUGGGAUAGCAUGCCCAUGUUCGAGGUCUUCAUGCUUGCGAGCCCCUGGCUUUCCGCUCCCAUGAUGACCCCAGAAGAAGCCCUAGAAAACUCAUUCUGCGGCUACUACAGUUUGCUGCUCAACGUGAUGUGUGCACACACUGCCAACCCCAAGAAGUGGGAGACGCUGACGUAUGCCAAGCCGACGACACGGCACGCCUUGUUCAUGGCCUGUGCCAUGAUAGAAAGAUGCAUGCAUCAUCCAGAGGGCUGUCCGUGGGCUCCAAACAAGACCACGGAGCUCCCAUGCGAGCAUUAUUUUGGGAGAAUGAAAUCGAUGUGCGGCUCUCAGGUGCCGACCCUCAAGCUGAGCAUUCUGGCCUGUCAAAGACUUCAUUAUCAGCACAUGAAGGCAGGUGCUCCCGUGCCUCCGACGCAACGCUUCUGGGCUGGCAAAGGUCUGGGACCUGUCCAAGUCAAAGCCAUUGCUGAGAAGGCCAAGCUCGCUGCCUGCACCUUGCAAGCUGCUGUGAACGUGGAGGCCAGCGUCGAGAGCGUCGUGGCUUCGCUCGAAUCAUGGUGGCGAGAUCAUGGGAUGAGCUUGUUGCUUUCGACAGCAAGCACCCCGGGGCCGGUCGCGGCGGAGGAUUCAUCCGAUUCUGAGCUCGAGGUCCUGGAAGAUGAUCCCCAGCUUCCGGACACAGACGGUGCAGAGACUGACAAGCUCAAGCAGGGCCUUGACAUCCUGGAGAAGGAGGCGGCAUUGCAGACCAGUCUGGAGGAGUGUCUGGAGGCUGAGCUGCAGGACGACAUCCAUGACAAGCUCGACUCGCCGGACCAUGCAGCGGAGAUCGAUGAAGAGGAUAGCCAGGUCCAAGUCAUGGCUGCGAGUGCGACUGCCAGCAGUUCGGAUGCCAAAGGCCCCAGGACCUUGUCUCAGAUCCUCGCGGCCUCCUACCUGUCUCAUCUGUGUCUCGAUUCCGUUUUUUCUCUAGACAGUGCUAGGGAAGCAACCAUCCAAGGCCACCUCGAGAACUACAAGCCCCCGGACGCUGACAACGUCGCCCUGGCGGUAGAGCGUGCUCAACAGAUGCAGCCCUUCAUGGCCGCCUUGCUUACAGAAGCGAGGUCAGUGGAAGGCUUCCUUUCGCAAACCGUCUUGGGCAAGGAGGACAAGCCGCUGAACCCCCAGCAGGAGAUACAAGCUGAGCUCGCAGCUGCGCGUCGCGAUUGGCAGUUGUUGGGCUACAGGCAGUCUCGGACGGAUCAGUGGUCCCAGUACGCGAAACUGGUGGCCCAAGAGGUUGACACUCUCUGCGGAGAGGCUGCCGCGGGAAACUUUACAGUGUUUCGGCCCUCCUGGGUCCGAGGCGCUGGCAACCAGAGGAACUAUCAGUUCGUGGCGCUGCGGGAGCAUGUCUGCGGAGAAGUGCUCAUUGGGCUCAUCGAGGAAUGCUUCCGUGUGACAGCCCGCAAAAAGGGGCAGGGCCUCGAGACCAAGAAAAUGGGGACGUGCAAGCCCUUCCCUGGGGAGUUGCCCGCAAACCUCGCCGGAGCCCUGCACAUCCGCCUGCUGCAUGCCUGCGGGAAUGGCCACUACAUCACCAGUGCAUUGCACAAGAAGCUCAGCAUCGAACCACAUUCUGUGGACAAGGGACGACCGCAGCUCCUCUUCGAGAUCCCGCCGAAAAGCAUCCAGCUCAAAGAGACGAAAAGCUGUCUGGCCAUCCGUCUCGACCCGUUGGGGCAGAAGAGCCUGCAGGCCGCUUCCGGCUGUGAUGUUCAGUUGACGGGCGAUGCGAGCAGCGAACCUGCAGCAUUGGUGUACACUUCGGAGUGCUUCGAGAACACAAAGCAGGGGCAGCGCAUGAUCCAGAGCUAUGUCCAGGAGAUGAGCAAGAUGUACCUCAAGGUGGCCGGAAAGCAGAUCUGGGAUGAUCAGGGCCAAGUGAAGAUUCGAAACAAUGACAAGCUUCAUAGUCCAGAUUUGGCAGUCUGUGUUGUUGGCGGUUUCUUUUCGAUCCGCUGGAUAGAAAUCGUCGAGCGGGCGCCGGGCUACUUCAGUAAAAAAUUCCUCACGAAGACCAUCGCUGGCAAGGCGACUACAACUCUGAAGAAUUUUUCGAGAAGCGUGUGGAGCGAGUUCGCCGCUGUGGCUCCGACGAAGACCCGCGGUUCUGCACCCUUCAUUGCUUGGCUCCGAGAGCUUCAUGACAUCGCACCAGCAUGCUUGCCGACACACGAUACCGUUUAA